AUGGCUGGCAUAAACACGGUUGUAUCAGCUACACCAUCCCUUUACGCCGUGUUGGGCGUUGCCCCCACUGUUAGCCAAGCGGAGUUGACGCGUCAAUUUAAGCGGCUCUCCCUUCAGCUGCACCCCGAUCGCGCGGCUUACCGCACUGGAGAAAAUGAAACUGAGGUGCAGCGGCAGUACCAGAGUAUUGUGGAAGCUUAUGAGGUGUUGUCCAAUCCGGACCACCGCAGGUCGUACGACACGAAAUGUGGCGUGAACUUUUCUGCAAGGGUGGCUGCUCUUCGCCAAACGCUGGCACAGAAUGAAGUUAUGCCUGUGGUCAACUGUCCCACGGAACCCACCUCUGCAGAAACUGUACAAGUUACUGAAGAUGAAGAUGACGAAGAAUACACACCCUAA